AUGGACGGAGAAGUCGGAUGGGACAUGCGCACCUUCAACCUCCGCGCCAUCUUUGGACUUAGCCUUUCUAUCGAUUCUCUCCCGAGUCUCCGCGAUCAGACUCAUCACAUGCUGAGGCUCAGUCCAUGUUUAUGGCACGGAAUCCUGGGGGACGAACCCAAUGUCCCCAUCCAAUCACCCAUGCCUGAGGUGAAGAUCCAGCUGGAAUCGGCCGCGAAACGACAAGAGACGACGAAUCCCUCAGUAGAGACGACGACGACGAAGCCGAGAACGCGACCGACACAGGACAAAGACGGCGUGUAUCGAGUCUACGACGAAAACAAUCAAGUUUGCAUCUUGGGUGAAAUGAACCUCUCACUCAACAUCUCCUACAAGUCCAACGAGGGAAAGAUGAUCCACACAGAGGUGACGAUGCCGGACGACCCGGUCGUGGGAGGAAAUUGCGAGGACAACGUCGCGGAUCUCAGCCUUACCUGGAAUAGGGGACUUUUCGCGCUCACCAUCAGCUUCGACCAAAAUGCAGCAGGAACUCGUUGGCAGAUGCAUUCCAUCACGCUCGUCUACGACCGAAGCGACAAAGCCUUCAAAAACUCACAUGUGGAUGGAGGCCAAGUGACGUUGAUGGCGGAUCAAUCCACGAUGCCCUAUUUCGGUGGGACGAGGAUGCCGUAUGCCUAUUACUGUCCGGCAAACCUGCAAGUUCAGUUGCGAGGCAAGAAUUCCCCCGAUGAGGGCUCGGCCACCUUGACUUUCUCAUUUCUUCAUCUGAAACCCUUCGUUGGACCCAGCGGUGACUUCGGUCCGCCAGCAGAGAGAUGUGAGACGGUGAACGAAGCCGUGGCGAUUGCAGUUGGAAGCAUCUUGGCCAUCAGCACUGGACUUCUCAUCGUUGGCUAUGCCAUCUAUCGUUAUAUCAAGGUCAAGAAAGUCCAUUACAACACAAUGGAGUGAAUAAUACAUGAACAACCCACCAUGCGGGGAGAGUGCCAUUUCAAUCGAGAAAAACCAGUUUUACUUUUUCACUUGUUCUUCACCAAGAAACAGUCAUUACUUUAGCUUGAUGGCAAUAUGUGCUCCAGUAUCCGUGAUCAUAAAAGGAAUACAUGCAGAAUCCCUCUUGAUAACUUCAUCCAACUCUUUCUCAUAACUUUUUCACUUAGGAAAAUGUCAUACAAGGAAAGGUCAGAGCUGGAUGCAAGCCUCCAGGUGAUAGAAACAAGCUGAUUAGGAAAAAUCUCAUCCAGACAAAUGGCGCCUGGAUUCCUUCUACCAGUCUUCGAUGCUAUGGUACAUGUGGCCACCAGAGCCAAGGAAAUGUUCAAUUCACGGCAGAGCAGAUGUGGAAAUGUAAUCACUUUGUAACCAGAGAGUGCAGUAAACGUCAAAUUUCUUCCUCGUGGGAGGAGCAAUUAAUGGCAGCAUUUAUUUAUCAUAAAUCUUUUGGGUGGACCAAAUAUAUUAAAUUACAUUAAAUCCAUAAAAAAUCAUAUGGGAGGAUUGUUUCAUAGGAAAAGCUUAAAGCAGAAAUAAAUUGAAAUAGUGAUUCUUCGAAGACCAAAGAGGGCAUGUUAUCAUUGUGACUGCUGCUACGUACAGCCCAGUGCAUGAUACAUUUUAUUUUCUAAAGCUAUAGAACAAGUAAUUGUAGCUGUUGAAUCUAAGCCUUUAAUUCUAAUAAGAUGGAGUAAAUGAAAUGAACUGAAGAGCAUUCUGCAAAGAAUGAUCGAGGAUGUCAUUCAGGACAUCAUUAGAAAAGCACUGGAGGUCCAAAUUCAGCAGAGUUCUUCUCUCCAUUGAUGCACAUCAUGACUUUGGAAAUGUUUCCAAGGCAGUUAAUUCCUGGUUUUUCAUAUUUUCCAUCCUCAAUUAUAUGCUGUUUCCUGAUGAAUGUUUGGGUGUUGUUUCUUAUUGUUUCAACCAUGCUUGAACACCAAGUCCAUGGAAAACCAGUUUUUCUUGUCAUAAAAUAUUCCAUUUGCGAAUUUUCAGCAUCCUGAGUACUCUGUAGGAAACUAACCAUUUUUGGUCCAUCCAACUUUCUUGGGUUGCAUGCAUUUUCUGAUUUAUUCAAACGUGAAAAAGAAGUUUGGAAAGUUGAAUGGGAGUGAUUUGAGAUAGAGUGCACCUUCCUGGUGUACAUGUGGAUAAGUAUGGUGAGUAUGUGUGGUAUUUGAAAUACAGUCGGUGUAACCAUGCUAUUUAUAAUAAAAAAAUAAGGGAAAUGAUGUAAGAAAAGUUUAUCCUGCACAUGUGAUGAAUGCCAGUCUUCCAAAAUCUCUCAUAUAUGUCUGCCAACAAGAUGAUCUCAGAGUAGAUUUGUGGACUGACUUGUUGCAUGGAGAUAGAGAUGUUUGUUGUUGGAAUGAAGUCAUCCUGAGGUACAGUC